AUGGUGAUGGAAAGUGCAGAGAAGAAGAACUGGGCACAGCAAAUUCUCAAGAACGAAGUAUCAAUUGAGGAUUUCAAUGACUUUGGCAGCCCUGAUAUGGAGCCUCUGGAAGAUGACGGUGUUUUCGAAUGUGGCUGCCAUCACAGUCUUUUUGAUGGUCUAGAGAAACAGCAUUAUGUCGAACAAUUGCUUGGUGAUUCAUACCAUGUUAUAAAUUUGUAUGAUUACAAUUGUCCAAAGAUCAACAAUUGCUGCUUCAAAGAAACUACUCAUCCACACAUUCAUCGAAAAAUUAAGACAUCGCAGGAGUUAGUUUGCUGCGCUUUGUUUCCUCAUCGACAAGGCGGUGACCAUGCACCUGACGGCGUUGAUCAUGGGAAUGACGAGAAUGACGAUGAUGAUGACGAUGAUGACAUUGAAGAUGGUGAUGAUUAUAAUAAUGAUGAUGACGAGAGUGCAGAAUAA